AUGAUACUGUCCACAAAAAUGAGGCUGCUGCUGCUCCUGGUCUUCCAGGCUGGGAUCCUCGCUCUGUUCCUCCACAUGUACAGCCAGAGCGAAGGAUCCCUGUCCCGGAAGGAUGAGGAUGAGCCCAAGCACAUACACGUGCUGGUCCUGUCUUCCUGGCGCUCCGGCUCUUCGUUUGUGGGGCAGCUUUUUGGGCAGCACCCGGACGUCUUCUACCUGAUGGAGCCCGCCUGGCACGUGUGGAUGACCUUCACCCAGAGCUCUGCCUGGAGGCUGGACAUGGCCGUGCGGGACCUGAUCCGGUCCAUCUUCCUGUGCGACAUGAGUGUCUUCGAUGCCUACAUGCAACCUGGUCCCCGGAGACAGUCCAGCCUCUUCCAGUGGGACGACAGCCGGGCCCUGUGUUCCCCGCCCGCCUGCAACAUCUUCUCACGGGAUGAGAUCAUACCCCCGAGCCACUGCAGACUCCUGUGCAACCAACAGCCCUUCGAGGUGGUGGAGAAGGCCUGCCGCUCCUACAGCCACGUGGUGCUCAAGGAGGUGCGCUUCCUCAACCUGCAGUCCCUCUACCCGCUGCUGACAGACCCGUCCCUCAACCUCACCAUCGUGCACCUGGUCCGCGACCCCCGGGCUGUGUUCCGGUCCCGAGAACACACAGGAGGGGACCUUAUGAUUGACAGCCGCAUAGUGCUGGGGGAGAAUUGGCACAACCACAAGAAAGAGGACCAGCCCUAUGACGUGCUUCAGGUCAUCUGCCAAAGCCAGCUGGAGAUCUACAAGGCCAUCCGAUCCUUGCCCAAAGCCUUGCAGCAACGCUACCUGCUGGUGCGCUACGAGGACCUGGUGCGGGCCCCCCUGGCCCAGACCUCGCGGAUGUAUGCCUACGUGGGCUUGAAAUUCCUGCCACGUCUCCAGACCUGGGUGCACAAUAUCACCCGCGGCAAGGGCAUGGGUGAGCACGCCUUCCACACCGACGCCAGGGACGCCAUCAACGUCUCCCAGGCUUGGCGCUGGUCUUUGCCUUUUGAAAAGGUUUCUAGAGUUCAAAAAGUCUGUGGUGAUACUAUGAAUUUGCUGGGCUACCGCCACGUCAGCUCUGAACAAGAGCAGAGAGACCUGUCACUGGAGCUUCUGUCUACCCGAACCCCUUCUGAGCAAAACGACCAGGAGGGCUGA